AUGUUGGAAACAAACAAAACUGUAGUGAAAUAUUUUAUUCUGAUGGCUUUUACUGAUUUACAACAGUUUCAGAAUUUACUUGUCUUUGUCUUUCUACUGACCUACAUUACAUGUAUCAUGGGGAACGGUGCUAUCAUUGUUCUUGUUAGAGUAAACACUUUUCUUCAUUCUGCAAUGUAUUUCUUUAUUUGUGUAUUCUCUGUUUUAGAAAUUAUGUUUGUCUCGGUCACUGUCCCAAAACUUUUAGCCAAUCUGAUUGCAGGAAAUGAUAUUAUUUAUUUCAAUGAAUGCAUUACGCAAAUGUACAUCUUUGUUUCCUUGGGUGUAACUGAAUGCUAUCUUCUUGCAGUAAUGGUCUUUGACCGAUAUCUGGCUAUUAAUAAUCCUUUACACUACUCAGCUAUAAUGACACCUGUGUUUUGUACGGAGUUGGCUCUUUUACCAUGGUUCAUAGGGUUUUCUAUUAAUUUAAUCCCAGUAAUCAUCACAGCACAGCUGGAAUUCUGUGGUCCUAAUGUGAUUGACCACUUCUUCUGUGACUUUGCACCACUGCAGAGCUUGGCAUGUUCUGAUCCUUUCAUUAGCAAUGUAUCCACAAGCGCAGCUGCAGUGUUCAAUAUUGUUGUGCCUUUUAUUACAAUUAUAGGAUUCUACAUCCAAAUAAUAUUGUCAGUUUCAAAGAUAAAAAGUCAGGAUGGGAAACAGAAAGCAUUUUCCACAUGUUCAUCUCAUCUCAUUAUUGCCGGUCUAUUCUAUGGCACAGCCGCCAUUGUGUAUGUAAAACCAAAGGGAAGCCAUUAUGACAAAUAUCUUUCUUUUAUGUACACAGCAUUCACCCCUAUGAUUAACCCUUUUAUUUAUACCUUUAGAAACAGGGAUGUUAAGAAGGUUUUAAGAAUUUCAAUAAACCACCUUAUAAAGCCAGUUUAA